AGGCGGUAUUCCGACCGGCAUCACCUAUCCACAUCUCUCUCUCUCUCCCUCUCUCUGCUCCACAGCUCCAGGUCUCUCUUCUCUCUCAUCACCUGUCGAGCUACACACCGCCCGUACCCACCUCCCCCCAGUCCCAACCCGCCCGCCUCCCCCUCUCCCACCACGGCUUAUCCACCACCUCCGCCGCCGGGCCGGAUCGGUCGGGAUCGUGCUGCGCAACCGCCGCCGCCUCCGACCUCGCGGGAUCCUGCUCCUAACAUGCUGCGGCGCUGCGGCCUCGCCCGACCGCGCCGGCCCGCCGCACCGCGCCUCCCUCUCCCUGAGGACCACCCCCUCGUCGCCGUCUUCUCCUUCCUCUUCAUCCCCACCUAGAUUGAGUUCUUUGCCACGGUUUUCUGGGGCUUUCUUGGCGCUGAGCUGAACGGAUCGCCGCUUGUUCGACCGACGGGAUGAGCCGGGAGGGGCAGAGGCUUGGCUGUGGCGGCGCCGGAGGUAUCGGAAUUGGUGUGCUGUCGCUGGACAUGCUGGGCCAGGUGCUCGAUCGCCUGCGGGAGCCGCGGGACCACAAGGCGUGCCGCCUCGUCAGCCACGCCUUAGAGCGCGCUGAGGCCGCGCACCGCCGCGCGCUGCGGGCGCUCCGCAGGGAGCCGCUCCCUCGCCUGCUCCGCGCGUUCCCGGCGCUAGAGCAGCUCGACCUCUCCGCCUGCGCCUCACUCGACGACGCCUCCCUUGCGGCGGCCGUGGCCGGCGCGGACCUCGGCAUCCGGCGCGUGUGCCUGGCGCGCGCCAGCGGCGUGGGGUGGCGCGGGCUGGAGGCGCUCGUGGCCGCAUGCCCCAGGCUGGAGGCGGUCGACCUUUCGCACUGCGUGGGCGCUGGGGACCGCGAGGCAGCGGCGCUGGCGGCAGCGGCUGGGCUGAGGGAGUUGAGGUUGGACAAGUGCCUCGGCGUCACGGACAUGGGGCUCGCCAAGGUAGCUGUUGGGUGCCCCAGGCUGGAGAAGCUGAGCGUCAAGUGGUGCCGUGAGAUCUCCGACAUUGGCGUCGAUCUGCUCGCCAAGAAGUGCCGCGAGCUCCGCAGCCUUGACAUCUCCUACCUGCAGGUGGGCAAUGGAUCCCUUAAAUCAAUAUCCUACCUUGGGAAGCUAGAGGAGUUGGCAAUGGUUGCUUGCUCAUGUAUAGAUGAUGAAGGCCUGGAAUUGCUAAGCAAGGGGAGCAACUCACUGCAGCUUGUAGCCUCCUGGCAAUUGGACUUUGCGUACACUCGGCUGGAACUUGAAAUUUGGAUACUUAUAGAGUGCAUUGUGCAACAUCACUGGCAACUGAAUGUUUUUGAAGUGUUAACUUUUGAUCUUUUUAAAGCAUCGAUCCAUUCUAACUAUCUUCUUUUAUUUCAGACUGUUGAUGUAUCAAGAUGUGAUCAUGUGACUUCCCAGGGAUUAGCUUCACUCAUACAUGGUCACAAUUUUCUUCAGAAGUUACAUGCUGCAGAUUGUUUGCAUGAGAUAGGACAAUGUUUUCUGUCCAAGUUGGCAACACUGAAGGAGACCUUGACUGUGUUGAAACUUGAUGGUCUUGAAGUCUCGGUCUCUCUCCUUGAAGCCAUUGGUGAAGGUUGCGACAACUUGGUUGAGAUUGGACUUAGUAAAUGCAGUGGCGUUACAGAUGAAGGAAUUUCAUCUCUGGUAGCUCGAUGUAGCCACCUAAGGACCAUUGAUCUCACAUGCUGCAAUCUCAUCACCAACAAUGCCCUUGAUUUAAUAGCUGACAACUGUAAGAUGGUUGAAUGCCUCCGGUUGGAAUCCUGCUCUUUGAUAAAUGAGAAGGGACUAGACUGGAUCGCAACCUGUUGCCCCAAUCUUAAGGAGAUCGACCUCACAGACUGCGGUGUGAAUGAUGCAGCAUUGCAGCCUUUGGCUAAAUGCUCUGAACUGCUAAUAUUGAAAUUAGGCCUAUGCUCAAGUAUUUCCGACAAAGGCCUUGCUUUUAUUAGUUCAAACUGUGGAAAGCUUGUGGAGCUUGACCUCUACCGUUGCAACUCUGUUACGGAUGAUGGGUUGGCAGCUUUAGUCAAUGGCUGCAAGAAGAUUAAGUUGCUAAACUUGUGCUACUGCAACAAGAUUACUGAUGGUGGUUUGAUCCACUUAGGCUCUCUAGAGGAGCUCACAAACCUUGAACUGAGGUGCUUGGCCCGCAUUACAGGUAUUGGGAUCUCCUCAAUUGCAAUCGGAUGCAAGAGCCUGAUAGAACUAGACUUGAAACAUUGCUAUUCGGUUGAUGAUGCUGGCCUGUGGGCCCUUGCUCGUUAUGCUCUGAACCUUAGACAGCUUACUAUAUCCUACUGCCAAGUGACCGGCUUGGGCCUGUGCCACCUGCUGAGCUCCCUGAGGUCCCUCCAGGAUAUUAAGAUGGUGCACCUCUCGUGGGUCUCUAUAGAAGGGUUCGAGAUGGCGCUGCGAGUGACCUGUGGGAGGCUGAAGAAGCUGAAGAUGCUCAGCGGGCUGAAGACCGUGCUGUCCCCUGAGCUGCUCCAGAUGCUGCAGUCGUGCGGCUGCCGAAUCCGAUGGGUCAACAAGCCUCUCGUCUACAAGGACUGAACUCGUGUCCAUUUCAUCAAUUGUGCAGUGUUAACAUUCUCACGGAUUGUGAAUUCAGAUCAUCCAAGCUUGCCCUGCUUAUGUUGUGAGCCAUGUUAGAUAAUCCACAAUAAUCGCUUGGGGUGCAAGUUCAUGCCUCAAGUUGUGGUUACAGUGGUGUGUGCAUUUCAGUGCCACCUCUGCUUUCGGUGUCUCCCUAGAACCAAACAUGCCAUUUUUGGUCUAGCAUAUGCAUGACCUGCAGCGGAAUGGUGUACUGUGAAUAGUUGGGGUAUCGGUUUAUGAUAUGGUUUGAGGUGAAAGGAUCAGAAGAGAGAUGAUCUUUGUUGUGCAUCA